GGAGAAAUCAACAAUAUGAGAAAGGGUUUUUCCUGAUUUGGCUGGUUGGUAAUGGUGAUGUUGAUUCCUAAAGAAAGCCAAGUAAAGGCCUCAGUUGAGGAGUGAAAGUGAAGGCUUUCUUGUGUGUGUGUGUCUGUCUCGCCAAACUCCAAUUGAGUUUGAGGAAGGCAAGCCGUUUUGCUUGCAUUAGCAGGCAGGUACCACACUUACAUAUUACCUUCCUGCCUUGUGCGCUAAGCCUCAUUUAAUAAUUUCUCCCUAAAGGCUUUAACAUUAUAAGAUGAUUUGGAAGACCCAGUGGACUGUCAAACUAAAUUUGAAAAGCUUAAAACAUUAUUCACUUUGACCAACAUCCACAAAUGCACCCCUUUCACUGUCUCCUUGCUUAAAUUGAUCGUUAGCUUUCCUUCUGGAAGAACAAAUACAUUAACAAUACAAGUAAAGUACUUGAAAAAAAAUUAGAACAGCGUUAGGCACCAACCCAUUUAAGCUAUCUAACAUAAAAAUAUACAUAUAUAGCCUUCUUAAAAACCUACAUUCUCAUACAAGCCAAAACCAACUCUCUUUCUAUCUCUCUUCUCUAAGCUAAUUUUGCAUCUCUCAAACACUCUUCUUUAUCCCUCUCACCUUUUAUUUUCGCUAGUUGUUGAUUGUUUGUAACCUGGUCUACAUUUCUGGUGAUUUUUAUGGAGUUGUAAUAGGAAAUCUCUGUCAACUAUCCUGUAAACUUACUUGUACUCAUUAAAAGGGGCUCAUAAAAUAAAACUCCAUAGUUUCCACUUCUUUGCAAGAUGGGAGAGAUGUCAAGCUUCCAAUUGGGUGUUAUUGGUGCCCUGUUUCUUUCAGUUGCAUCAUCUGUCUCCAUUGUCAUAUGCAACAAAGCUUUGAUGAGCAAUCUUGGAUUCCCUUUUGCCACAACACUCACUAGCUGGCAUCUAAUGGUAACAUUUUGCACCCUUCAUGCCGCACAACGCUUCAAUCUUUUUGAAAGUAAACCCAUUGACAUGAAGACCGUGAUGCUCUUUGGCGUCCUCAAUGGCGUUUCCAUUGGACUUCUCAACUUGAGCCUUGGGUUUAACUCCAUUGGAUUCUAUCAGAUGACCAAACUUGCAAUCAUACCAUUCACGGUAUUAUUGGAAACCAUCUUCCUUAAAAAGCAAUUCAGCCAAAACAUAAAGUUGUCCCUCUUACUUUUACUUGUUGGAGUUGGCAUUGCUUCCAUAACUGAUCUGCAACUCAAUUUUGUCGGGACAAUCCUUUCUCUCCUCGCCAUUAUAACCACCUGCGUUGGCCAAAUUCUGACAAACACAAUACAGAAGAGGUUAAAUGUGUCUUCAACGCAGCUGCUCUACCAGUCAGCCCCAUUUCAAGCAGCAAUUCUUUUUGUCUCAGGCCCUUUGGUAGAUCAAUUACUCACCAAACAAAAUGUGUUUGCUUAUAAUUAUUCUCCUAUAGUCUUGGCAUUUAUCAUCCUCUCAUGCAUUAUUUCAGUAUCUGUCAAUUUCAGUACAUUUUUGGUUAUUGGCAAGACAUCCCCAGUGACAUAUCAAGUUCUUGGUCACCUCAAGACUUGCCUGGUUCUUACCUUUGGCUAUACAUUGCUGCAUGACCCUUUUACAGACAGGAAUAUCGUUGGAAUCCUCAUUGCCAUUUUUGGGAUGGGCUUGUAUUCCUAUUUUUGCACCCAAGAGAACAAAAAGAAACAAGCUGAUCCUUUGGGGUCACAGAUGAAAGAAAAGGAUGCAGCACCAUUUCUGGGUCCACAGAAAGAAGGCCAUGAAGUUCAAAACUUGAACAAAGAUUCCGUUGUCUAAAACAAAACAGGGUUUUUGUGUAUUAAGGUGUUGUUUCCAACAUUUUGUAUCUCAAGCGUAAACCAGUUUUUGAUUCUUUAAAUAAACCACACAUUCCCACAGUUCAUCUCUAUGUUCUCUUUCUCAGCACAUAGUAACAGUUAUGGAAUCAUUAGCAAAUUGUAAUUGAUCAGCUUCAUAUUUGUUACUAUUAUUUCUUUGCCUGUAAAAAUUUAUGUACUUAAAUGAAAUUAAAGCCCCACUUUCUUUCUUCUUUGGCAAAAAAAUAAGAA